UUAAAUAAUUGGAUAUUUAUUUCUAUGGAGGGUGUAGCGGUGGAAUCGUCGCCGUCGUGUUACGUGAGUUGGGAGGAGGUGAACCUGUCGAGCGACAAGGGAAGGAGAGAGGUUCAUUAUUAUCUGAAGAAACAAGGUGGUAAUGGUUCGGAUCUGGUUGUGAUAGGGAGAGAGAGAAGCUUGAGGCACAUGUCUUAUCACUACGUUAAUAAGAAUAUUUUGUUAUCGUUGUCUACGACGACGCCGCUUUUUAAGCUUAAGUCGAGGCGAGAGGUCAUUCAUUGGCUCAACUCAAUUAUUUCAGGAAUACCAGUACAAUUUAAAGAGCUGGUUGUCAUCAUCGGAUUCCUAUGCCCUCAAUAUAUCUAGACAAAGCGGCACAAGACCCUUCAUCAUCAGCUGGUGCUUUAUGGGGUAGUGAAGAAGAGUGUGAAUUGGAUACAAAAUCAUUUAAGGGUAUUCGGCUGCAGAAAAUGGACCAUGAUAAUAAAGAAUUUUUUUGGUUAGGUUCUCCUUGGAUGUCCAGGAAAAGACGGAAGCAUUAUCAGGCAUUUUGCCGGAAUGGUGUUAAAAUUUCUGUACACGACUUUGUAUAUGUUUUAGCUGAGGAGGAUAAAAGACUGGUUGCAUACUUGGAAGACAUGUACGAGGAUUCGAGAAGCAAUAAGAUGGUUGUGGUACGAUGGUUUCACAAAAUUGAUGAGGUUGGUUUAGUUUUGCCUCACAAUUUUAAUGACAGAGAGAUUUUCUUUUCUCUUUGUCUUCAAGAUCUCAGUAUUGAAUGUAUUGAUGGAUUGGCUACUGUCCUCAGUCCCCAGCAUUUUGAGAAGUUCCUGAAUGAGGCAAGACAUACUCAUCUGCAACCAUUUAUGUGCCGCAAGCAGUUUGAUAAUGAUGAUAUCCAGCCCUUUGACAUAACUCAGGUUAGAGGUUACUGGAAACAAGAAAUUCUUAGGUACAUGUCUGUCUCUUCUUCCUCGAGUGACCAUACAAAUUCUCAACGACUUUAUGAAGGCCAACGAUUUGAGAAAAUCAGCAAUGACACCUCUGAGAUCAGGCCUAAGAAGAGGCAUCGUCAGUCAAAAGAUGAUCAUGUGUACAUGCAGUACAUCAAUAGGAAAGAUUCAUUGAAUGCAGAAUACACGGGUGGUCAUAUUUUGAGUAAGAGUUCUGAUUGUAAAAGUGUUCCAGAAUUGGGCCAUAUAGUUAGGAUUGGUUCUGCUGCUAAUGAAAGUGGUCAAUACUUGAAAGUAGGUUCUCAUGUAGAAGUCCUCUCUCAGGAUAGUGGCAUGCGAGGAUGCUGGCUUAGAGCUUUAGUAAUCAAGAAGCAUAAAGAUAAGGUUAAGGUGCAAUAUCAUGACAUUAAGGAUGCGGCUGAUGAAUCUAACUUAUUAGAGGAGUGGGUUUUGGCAUCCAGGGUUGCAGUUUCUGAUCAAUUUGGACUUCGGGUUUCUGGAAGGACUAUUGUUCGACCUGCUGUGGACACUAAUAAAGGCAGAGUAUCAUGGGCUAUUGAUAUUGGUAACAUUGUGGACGUUUGGUGGCAUGACGGCUGGUGGGAAGGCAUUGUAAUUCAGAUAGAAGCUAAAGAUAAAUUCCAUGUCUAUUUCCCAGGGGAAAAGCGAAAAUCAAUAUUCGGCAUUGGUGAUUUGAGACAUUCCCAAGAAUGGUUGGGAAAUAGAUGGAUACAUGUAAAAGAAAGACCUGAUGCAGUGAACUCCAUACUAUCUGGCUUGGGAAUGAAGCAAGUUUUGGAGAAAACUUGUGAUGGCAAUGCUGUGCAACCUGCUAUUUGCGCUAGCAGACAAUCAUCGAAGGACGAUACUGAAUCUAGUGAAUCUCUUUUGGACUCUGGAGAUGAAAAGUUGAAAAACUUGGAUCUGGUUCCAGAUCUUUCAAAGGAUGGGUUGCUUUCCCAGUUGAAGUGGAAAUCAUCAGGGAAGAGAAGACGCACUGGUGGGAGCACUAUCCGUAAGCAGCAUUAUAGAGUUCAUUGCGGCAAAAACACCUCAGAAGUCAUUGGAUCUGGUACUUGUGAAAGAUUUUUUAUUCCAAAGACCAUAAAAGUUGAUCGUGAUAACUGCAAGUACUUGAGUGAUUCUCUCUUUAGUCCUUCAGUUGGGCCUCCUCUAACAAGCUUGGUUAUGUCUAGGUGACUUGACAUGUCUUUGCAAUAUUGAAUAGUUUGUCCAUCCUCCCUGGUAGUCUUAGAUGGCAGGUUUUUCUUUCGUUUAGGAAUUAUUAUAGGUAUAUGUGUGUCAUGUGGUGCAUUUGCUGGAUGCAUCUUUCUGUUGGGUACUGAACUUUCAACUCUCCAUCUUUUUCGUGCUGGAGAUAUUUUUGUGUGGAAAUUUGGCAUCCAAGUCCUUCUAGCCUGUGUAUUUUGUUCGUAACUAAAGCCUGCAUAUUUGAGGCGGCAAUUUUGGAUGUGGUAGAAUAACCUGUUAGAGUUUUAACAUCUUUUUUGAAUAAUUUUGUAUUAGUCGUUUGAUGUAUAUCAUUUCUGUGGUAAUAAAAAUCUUUUUCCAUUACCCUUGUCGAAA